ACCCGAAUCAGAAUGUAUGCGAUUCAAAGGGAGAUUAUAUUCUGGUUCUAUGGCCUUGCUCUUUAAUAUUUGUCAUUGUCCGCCCAUAUUUUGAUAUUUGACUCCACGAUCAACAUCCUGCAAAUUGCACCAGCCUUGGAUUUGCUGACGUGUCGGCUUCAUCUGCUCAUGCUCGAGCAGAACCAGAUAGCCCAACUGACGACAUGGCUGUAAAUGUAUCUCAUGUAUACAUUUUACUUUUAUUUAUUAUUAAUUUCAUAUCCAAUGCCGCCACCGAAAGGAGAUUCUCCGACUUCAAACGAUGUGCUGACGAAGAAUGCAGUAUGCUCCUGUGCCGGGGGAAAGCAUCAAGUGAUUUCACUGGACCAGACUGUCGGUUCCUGUCUUUUAAAAAAGGAGAGACGGUAUAUGUCUACUAUAAACUCUCAGGCAGAAGGACAGAUAUAUGGGCGGGGACUGUUGGUAGCCGCUUUGGUUACUUCCAUAAGGACCAACUCGCAAUCAAUCACAUAUACACUGAAAAAGAAUUGGAGAUUCCUGCUCAGGAAACCGACUUUGUUUGUUUUGACACCGGACACGAUCAGUUUGACAGUUAUGACAUUGAGUCACUGUUAGUCUCCUCCUUAUUGUUAACGGACCAAGACAAGUCUGUACAAGGAACCACAGAGACUUUAGACCGAAACAAAAGUGCAGAGAGUACCACAGUGGAAGUGGAUGAGCCUCCACCUGAAGUGACUCUGUUAGAAAACAAUGAGAUUGAUAGUGAUGUUCCUGAGGACAUUGAUAAGGUUUUAGAAGAGGUUUUAGAGGAAUUUCCAGAGGAUAAAGAUCCAGGCCAUGUUGAUCCUUUAGAGUCCUCUCUACCUCAGCCUGAAAUUGAAACUCUUGACGCAAAAGGAGUUGAAUCUAACACAGUAGUUGAGCCCACAGCUGAGAGGAUCAAAGAUGACCUUCAGAAAUAUCAGCUGAGGACUGAGGACUCUGUGCCGGACAGUGUUGUUGAACCAGAGCAAGGUGAGACUAAAGAAAGCCUUUCAGAACCUCUAUCCAAAGAUGAUCCUGAGUUGGAGAAUGCGCCAGCUGGUUUUUCAGAAGGCAGACCUAUCCCUCAGUUGAAAACUACACUUGGAACAACUUUUGAUGCUGUCACCUCCGAUGACGAGGAAACUAGGAAGGUGACUCCCUAUGACGAGGAGGACAAGGGAAGUGAAGAGUUUGAAUAUCAGCAGGAUGAGAAAAGUGAUUAUCAUCUUAGGGAAACUCCAUUGCUGGCUUUUUCUGAAGAACAUUCUAAUUUAGAACACGAAGACAUUGAUAAGGUUUUAGAAGAGGUUUCAGAGGAGUUUCCAGAGGAUAAAGAUCCAGGCCAUUUUGAAUCUGAUCAGACAGAUGAGGAAGAGAGUCCACCAGAGACAGCUGAAAAACAGGACUCCAAGGACAAGAACCUGUGGUCUUCAUUAGGUGAUACAGUUUUUAACAUUGUCAGUGGUGGGGAAAGAACAGCUCAUGUUACAGGUUCAGAGGAAGAGGACGACGACGAUGACGACGAAGGUGAGAUUGCACCAGAGGAGCCUCCCAAAAUUGAAGAACCCAAGGAGAAUAUACAGCUGCUAGCCAACGACCCAAAGCAGGAGCCAGAGGGAACAGAACAGCCACAUGAGGUCAUCUUUGAGGAACCUGUAGUUUCUAAUUUCCUUGAGGCGGCUGUCAAAAUGCCUGAUGUGGAUUCCCAGACUUUGCAGUUGGAGGAUGAACCUGAAGAAGGGGACAUUGAACCUUCAAUACCGCUUGCUGAUGAGGUGAUUCCUUUUGAACAUACUGAGGAGGCUAUAGCAGAGAAUCUUACAGUAAAUGAAAGCCCAGUCCCUAAACACGUCUCGCAGACAGAAAUGCUCUCAGACUUUGAUAGUAAUACUAUCGACUCAGAACAGACGCAAGCUGUUGAAGAACUCCCCAUACAAAAAGAACCCAAGGAGAAUAUACAGCUGCUAGCCAACGACCCAAAGCAGGAGCCAGAGGUAACAGAACAGCCACACAAGGACAUAUUUGAGGAACCUAUAGACUCUGAUUUCCUUGAGGCUGUCAAAAUGCCUAAUGUGGAUUCCCAGACUUUGCAGUUGGAGGAUGAACCUGAAGAAGGGGACAUUGAACCUUCAAUACCGCCUGCUGAUGAGGUGAUUCCUUUUGAACAUACUGAGGAGGCUUUAGCAGAGAAUCUUACAGUAAAUGAAAGCCCAGUCCCUAAACACGUCUCACAGACAGAACUGCUCUCAGACUUUGAUAGUAAAACUAACGUAUCAGAGCAGAAACAAGCUAUUGAACUCCCUAUACAAAAAGAGUCGAGAGAUUUCUCACAAGUAGAGAAUAAAUUGAAACCGGGUGGUACAGAGCUUUUCAGACGAUUUAGAGGACCUAACGUCCCAGAUCCAACUAAAAACACAAUGGUUAAAGAGCGGCAUGAAGAACUCCCUGUAGAUGAGGAGGAUUUGAUAGACUCAGAGAACUUGGAGAUUGAAGAAGAAUUGCUAGAGGAUGAAAAUGCAGCAUUGUCUUCAUCCAAAACCGAGCACACUGAUAAGGACAAAGAAAGUAGAUCGGAAUUUGGGUCAGAGCAAUCCAAUAAUGCUACAGAAACCGAGGUAUCUAGUGAUGAGUUGGAUGUUGUCCAAAUUGAGGAGGAUAUUGACAUAGAAGAUUCAGAAAGCGCAGGCUUGGAUCAAACACAUACACCUUCACUUGAAGACAAAGUUCCGGAUCCCCUUUCAGGCCAAGAGCCAGAAUACAGUGAUAAUGUGUUGAGGCUGACGCUACUGCGCUACCACUUCAAGGAACAGGAUAUGAAGCUCUUCCAGAAGAUUCUGGGUCUUCAGAACCUCUUCAGGGUGGAGUUCUUGUUCUCUGACCUUGAGCAGGAGCUGAAUGCUGCCCUGAUGUCACAGACAAACACCAGUGAGGACAUUGAAAAGGUGCUGGAGGCCAUUUUGGAGGCCUCUGAGACCCCAAUCCUGGAUGAGAUUGAGAGGAUGCUGGAUGCCCGGGAGAAUGCUGACGUACAGCAGGAGACUGGUGAGCUUGAUGUGGAAGCCACCAUCUUGGACAACUUCCAAGAGUUGGCGUUCACCCUGCAUCAGAAGUAUUCAAUGACCAGCGACAGUGCUCCCUUGGCAGAGGGCAGUCAACUACACCCUGACACCGAUGGGGAUGUGUCUGAUGCAGAGGAAGAAAAGACGUUCCUGCACUCUGUGGGGGACAUAAACGAGGACAACCUCACUCUGACGGUGACAGGUGAAGAGACUAAGGCACCUGAGGAGAAGCCUGACCAUGAAGGCCACAACAGACCAGAUCUGGAUAUGGAUCUUGAGGAGGAUGUGGGGCAUUUUAACAGAAACCAAGACAAUCAACCAGAAGAAAUCCAGAGGGGCCCUCAAGCUAUUUUGGAAAAUACCUUGGACAUGGGACUUGUUGACAUGGAGCACCCUUCCUCAGGCUCUUUGGAGUCGCCCCCUGUUUCUGAUUUCCAGGAAGAGGAGCAGAGUAGUUCAUCAAUCGUAUCGGUGUUAAUUUUCUCUGGUAGUCUAGUCACCGUGGUUUAUGAGUACCUUGGAAUAUAUGCUGUUAUGAUGGUCACCUGCCUGCCAGAGGAAUGGAAGCCAGGUCCAGACUUUUAUGGCGUGUCCUGGGAACCCGUGCUGGCCACUGCAGGCGCCGGGUUCAUCGGCUUCCUCUUCCUCUUUUGGAGGAGUGUUCUAUCUGUCAAAAGGAAGUCCUAUCUAACUACUGAAAAAGAGAUGGCAGACAGGAUGAAAACAUUUGAACAAGAAAAGGAGGAGAUACUCCUAAAGGUUGCUGAACUGCAACAACAGGGUGAAGAACUCAAAGAAAAGAAAAAGCUGUCUGAGAAAUCUGCCACCUCAUCUCUAGAAAAGAUCCAAGAAUUAAAAAAUCUUGUGCAAGAGAUGGAGAGACAAAAUGAGCGCCUGGACGAGGAAAAGAACUUGCUCGCCAGAUCCUUUGACGAAGAGCAGACAAAGGCGGCGAAACAUCAAGAUAUGAUGUCAGAAAUGGACAAAACUAUUGAGAAGUUGAAGCGGAGCAGAAAGAAGACUCAGGAGGCUCUCUCAAAGGCUACCAUUCUGAUGGAAGAAGCCAAGCUCCGCGAAGAUGCACGGAACGUCCAGCACCAGGUUCUGGAGAAGGAUAUCGCCACCCUGAGAGAGGAGAACAUCUCGCUGCACCACGCUGCCAAUUCGUGGGAGGAGAAGCACAGGGAGUUGAGCGAGCAGAUCAAAGUCUACCAGAAGUCCCAGAAAGACCUGGAGGACUCCCUUGCUCAGAAGGAUCACAACGUUGAGGUUUUGUCUGACCUCCUGGGAGACCUCGAGGCCUGCGACGACCUGAAAGGAGGCGUCGUGGCUAACGGGGAAGCCGCUAACGACAAGCAGACCGUCAUCCGAAACCGCAUUAAGCAAAUGAUGGAUGUCACUCGGGUCCAGACCACUCUGUCUGUUGUGGAGGAAGAGCGCGACCGCUUCAUGACCAAGCUGCUGAAUGAAGAGAAAGCCAGGAAAGAGCUGGAAGAACAAUACCAGAAGCUGGAUCAUGCCAUCUUGUUGGUGAAAAGUGAUAAGAACCACCUGGAGAACCAGUACAAGACCCUGCAGCAGAAGAACGAGAUCAUCACAGAGAUGUACCAGCAGAAGGAGAACGCCUUGCAGCAGAAGCUAACCAAGGAGGAGUUUGAGCGUCGCAACAACGAGGAUAGGCUGACUGAGGUGGACGGCAAGGCUCUGGAGGCUGAGGAGGAGGUCAAGGUGUGCAGGCAGCGUAUCAAGGAGAUCCAGGAUGAGCUGAAACAGACUGAAAAGUCCUACAAAGCCCAGAUCAUUGAGCAGGAACAGAAAUCCCAUGAGAACUGGGUUAUUGCACGCGCCGCAGAGCGAGCUCUGUUGGACGAGAAAAAGGAAUCAACCAACCUCCGUAUCAAACUGACUGAGAUGUCCAGCAAGCUGAAUGAGCUCCGUAGGCCUCUAUUCAAACCCACCCCUGGAAUGGCUCCCAUGCCUCUCCGACGAGGUGACUCGUACGGGCCCUCGCCCGUGAGCGGAGGUGCCCCGUCCCCCCCUCUCAUGAUGGAGGGUCCUGGGCGACCCCCCUCUGCCCCUGUGGGGAGACGGAACGAGCCCUACGGACCACGACCUCCAUCUGACCCUCACGGUCGUUACCCCCCUGACCACAAACACCCAGUGGCUGCCAGACCUGACACCAUUGCACCACGGACAUCCUCUCCAAGCAGUCUGGACAGCUCGCAGACCGCUCCACCACAGUCACAGGCUGAGGCCCAGGCCUCCACAGAGAACCCAGAGGCAAACUCAGGACCUCGGGGCCCUGGCUCCCUCCUGGCCUCUCCUAUCAGCUCCCCCCCCGACUCAGGCCCCGGCCCCCUCAGACCAGUUAUCAGCCAUCCCUCCGGACUCUGCUACCGUCCUCCUGGCCCUGGGCCCCACCACAUCCCUCCUCCCUCAUCCUUCAUGCCUCCCAUGUACCGACCAGCCAACGGACACCCAGGCAUGAUGCCUCCCGGACCCCCACCACCUAAUGGACACCCACCUGGCCCCAUGAUGCCACCCGGACAGCGGCCUCCACCUCCUGGUGCCUACGGCCCCCCACACCACCGGGGCCCUCCUCCACCUCACUAUGGACCAGUGCCUCCCCCAUUCGGUGUUCGCGGCGGCCCCCCUAUGGCCCGACCCAUGGGACCACCACGUCCCUACAUGCACUACGGACCACGUGAUCACUCCAUCCCACCCCAGCACCUUCCCCCAGGAGCGGCCCCAUACCCUCCUCACAGUGGCCCCAGAGACUUCCCCGGGCAGCCCCCCAUGCAGCAGGCCCCCCAUGGGCAUGACUCUUCUGUGGGUCCCCAGGGGCAAGACUACAGCUCCCAGCAGGCAGCAGCUACCCCCCAGCCCCAGGACUCAGUCAGCUCCUCCAUGGGAGAGCCUUAGACACCCACCAACUAUGUCAGAGGGCUUGGAUACCACCUGCUACCAUUAACAACCCGGCUAUGUCUAAUCGACCACGAUUUCUCUUUAUUUUUCCCCUUUCCUUUAGAUUUAAUUUGGAUAUAUAUAUAUAUUAGUGCCAGUCAAAAGUUUGAACACCUACUCAUUUCAAGUUUUUUUUUUCUUUUUUUUUCUACAUUGUAGAAUAAUAGUAAAUACACCAACAAUGAAAUAUCACAUAGGGAAUCAAGUAGUAACCAAUAAAGUGUUAAACAAAUCAAAAUAUAUUUUAGAUUAUUCAAAGUAGACACCCUUUGCCUUGAUGACAGCUUUGCACACUCUUGGCAUUCUCCCAACCAAUUUCAUGAGGAAUGCUUUUCCAACAGUCUUGAAGGAGUUCCCAUAUAUGCUGAGCACUUGUUGGCUGCUUUUUCUUCACUCUGCGGUCCAACUAAUCCAAAACCAUCCCAAUUGGGUCGAGGUCAGGUGAUUGUGGUCAGGUGAUUGUGGUCAUCUGCAGCACUCCAUCACUCUCCUUUUUGGUUUAAUAGCCCUUACACAGCCUGGAGGUGUGUUUUGGGUCAUUGUCCUGUUGAAAAACAAAUGAUAGUCCCACUAAGCCCAAACCAGAUGGGAUGGCAUAUCGCUGCAGAAUGCUGUGGUAGCCAUGCUGGUUAAGUGUGCCUUGAAUUCUAAAUAAAUCAGACAGUGUAACCAGCAAAGCAACCCCACACCACCACCUCCAUGCUUCACAGUUGAAACCACGCAUGCAGUGAUCAUCCAUUCACUUACUCUGUUUCUUGAAGACAGUGGUUGGAAUCAAAAAUCUAAAAUUUGGACUCAUGACAGAGUUCCUCCGGUCUAAUGUCCAUUGCAUGUAUUCCUUGGCCCAAACAAGUCUCUUAUUGGUGUCCUUUAGUAGAGGUUUCUUUGCAGCAAUUCAACCAUGAAGGCCUAAUUCACGCUGUCUCCACUGAACAGUUGUUGUUGUGUCUGUUACUUGAACUCUGAAGCAUUUAUUUGGGCUGCAAUUUCUGAGGCGGGCAACUCUAAUGAACUUAUCCUCUACAGCAGAGGUAACUCUGGGUCUUCCUUGUGACAGUCUUCAUGAGAGCCAGUUUAAAAGUUCUUGAAAUGUUCCGCAUUGACUGACCUUCAUGUCUUAAAGUAAUGAUGGACUGUCAUUUCUCUUUGCUUAUUUGAGAUGUUUUUGCCAUAAUAUGGACUUGGUCUUUUACCAAAUAGGGCUAUCUUCUGUAUACCACCUCUACCUUGUCACAACACAACUGAUUGGCUCAAACGCAUUAAGAAGGAAAUGCCACAAAUUAACUUAAUGAGGCGCACCUGUUUAUUGAAAGGCAUUCCAGGUAACUACCACAUGAAGCUGGUUGAGAGAAUGCCAAGAAUGUGCAAAUCUGUCAAGCAAACGGGUGGCUACUUUGAAGAAUCUCAAAUAUAAAAUAUACAUGAUUCCAUACAUUAUUUCACAGUUUUGAUGUCUUCACUGUUCUACAAAGUAAAAAUAUAAUUCCCUGGAAUGAGUAGGUGUGUCCACACUUGACUAUUAGUGUACCAAGUUAUUUCAUAUAUCCCAUUACUACAUGACCAAAAGUAUGUGGGGACACCUGCUCAUCAAACAAACAUUUAAUUUCUAAAUCAUUGGCAUUAGUUGGUCUCCCCCUUUGCUGCUAUAACAGCCUCCACUCUUCUGGGAAGGCUUUCCACUAGAUGUUGGAACAUUCCUUUGGGGACUGGCUUCCAUUCAGCCACGAGCAUUAGUGAGGUUGGGCGAUUAAGCCUGGCUUGCAGUCGGCAGUCCAAUUCAUCCCAAAGGUGUUCGAAGGGGCUGAGGUCAGGGCUCUGUGCCGGCCAGUCAAGUUCUUCCACACUGAUCUUGACAAACCAUUUCUGUAUGGACUUUGCUUUGUGCAUGGGGGCAUUGUCAUGCUGAAACAGGAAAGGGCCUUUCCCAAACUUUUGCCACAAAAUUGUCUAGAAUGUCAUUGUAUGCUGUAGCGUUAAAAUUUCCCUUCACUGGCACUAGCCCCAACCAUUAUUCUGCCUCCACCAAACUUUACAGUUGAGACUGCAUUCGGGCAGGUAGCAUUCUCCUGGCAUCCUCCAAACCCAGAUUUGUUUGUCGGACUGUCAGAUGGUGAAGCGGCCUUCGUCACUCCAGAGAACGCAUUUCCACUCCUCCAGAGUCCAAUGUAGGCAAGCUUUACACCACUCCAGCCGACGCUUGGCAUUGCACGUGGUGAUCUUAGGCUUGGGUGUGGCCGCUCGGCCAUGGAAACCCAUUUUCAUGAAGCUCCUGACGAAUAGUUAUUGUGCUGACGUUGUUUCCAGAGGCAGUUUGGAACUGUAGUGAGUGUUGCAACCAAGGGCAGAUAAUUUUUACGCGCUUCAGCACUCGGUGGUAUCGUUCUGUGAGCUUGUGUGGCCUACCACUUUGCGGCUGAGCCUUAGUUGCUCCUAGAUGUUUCCACUUCACAAUAACCACACCUACAGUUAACCAGGGCAGCUCUACCAGGGCAGGCAUUUGAUUUGUUGGAAAGGUGGCAUCAAACUCAGCAGAAAAAGAAAUGUCCUCUCACUGUCAACUGCAUUUAUUUUCAGCAAACGUAACGUGUAAAUAUUUGUAUGAAUAUAAGAUUCAACAACUGAGACAUAUAAACUGAACAAGUUCCACAGACGUGACUAACAAAUUGAAUAAUGUGUCCCUGAACAAAGGGGGGGGUCAAAAUCAAAAGUAAGUCCGUAUCUGGUGUGGCCACCAGCUGCAUUAGGUAGUGCAGUGCAUCUCCUCCUCAUGGACUGCACCAGAUUUGCUAGUUCUUGCUGUGAGAUGUUACCCCACUCUUCCACCAAGGCACCUGCAAGUUCCUGGACAUUUCUGGGGGGAACGGCCCUCACCCUCUGAUCCAACAGGUCUCAGAUGUGCUCAAUAGGAUUGAGAUCCGGGCUCUUCGCUGGCCAUGGCAGAACACUGACAUUCCUGUCUUGCAUGAAAUCACGCACAGGAUGAGCAGUAUGGCUGGUGGCAUUAUCAUGCUAUAGGGUCAUGUCAGGAUGGGCCUGCAGGAAGGGUACCACAUGAGGGAGGAGGAUGUCUUCCCUGUAACGCACGUCGUUGAGAACGCUUGCAAUGACAAUAAGCUCAGUCCGAUGUUGCUGUGGCACACCACCCCAGACCAUGACGGACCCUCCACCUCCAAAUCGAUCCUGCUCCAGAAUACAGGCCUCGGUGUAACUCUCAUUCCUUCGACGAUAAAUGCGAAUCUGACCAUCACCCCUGGUGAGACAAAACCAUGACUCGUCAGUGAAGAGCACUUUUUGCCAGUCCUGUCUGGUCCAGCGACGGUGGGUUUGUGCCCAUAGGCGUUGCCGGUGAGGACCUGCCUUACAACAGGCCUACAAGCCCUCAGUCCAGCCUAUUGUGGACAGUCUGAUCACUGAUGGAGGGAUUGUGCGUUCCUGGUGUAACUCGGCAGUUGUUGCCAUCCUGUACCUGUCCUGCAUCUGUGAUGUACCGAUCCUGUGCAGGUGUUACACGUGGUCUGCCACUGUGAGGACGAUCAGCUGUCCGUCCUGUCUCCCUGUAGCGCUGUCUUAGGCGUCUCACAGUACGGACAUUGUAAUUUAUUGCCCUGGCCACAUCUGCAGUCCUCAUGCCUCCUUGCAGCAUGCCUAAGGCACGUCCACACAGAUGAGCAGGGACCCUGGGCAUCUUUAUUUUGGUGUUUUUCAGAGUCAGCAGAAAGGCCUCUUCAGUGUCCUCAGUUUUCAUAACUGUGACCUUAAUUGCCUACCCUCUGUAAGCUUGUUAGUGUCUUAACGACCGUUUCACAGGCGCAUGUUCAUUAAUUGUUUAUGGUUCAUUGAACAAGCAUGGGAAACAGUGUUUAAACCCUUUACAUUGAAGAUCUGUGAAGUUAUUUGGAUUUUUACAAAUUAUUUUUGAAAGACAGGGUCAUGAAAAAGGGACCUUUUUUUUGCUGAGUUUAUAUCCUAUGACGGUGCCACAUUGAGUCACUGAGCUCUUCGGUAAGGUAAUUCUACUGCCAAUGUUAGGCUAUGGAGAUUGCAUGGCUGUGUGCUCCAUUGUAUACACCUGUCAGCAACGGGUGUGGCUGAAAUGGCCGAAUCCACAAAUUUUAAAGGGGUGUCCACAUACUUUUGUGUGUGUAAUAUAUAUAUAGUGUAUAUAUUUCCAAACGGAAGCAUCUAAAAACCUAGUUUUCCUACUAAAGCAUCAAAAUUUGUCUUAUGUUCUGUGUCUGAAAUGUAAAUGACUGUCUGCCACCAUGCAAGAAGGCUUAUUGUGCAAUAACAUUUCUAUUGUAUGCCUGAAAAUUACGUUUUUAUUUUGUAAGGUAAAACAAAAGGGUAUUACAUUGAUUUUGUAUUAAUUUCACAAUGUUAUGGUUUCCUGUGGAAAUGAUUUAAAAUAAAGGGGCGGGCUUAACAAGUCUUUGUUGCUUGAUCGAUCAUUUCAGAAGUAAAGUAUUAUCUUACCACUCUCCCUAAAGCUGUCGCUUAUAAAAUUGACCUUUCGCUAAACUCGCCCCAUUUUGGGCAACUAAUCGCCGCGCUCCACCUCGGACAAGCUCGCAGCACGUUUUAAAUCGCAUAAAAGCCAGUGAGGGCUAUUGCAAAAACAGAGUUUUCUUAAGCUAAAUAUUUGCACAGGGCACCAGGAGUACUUGCUACUGUGAUUCCUGAAAUUCUCUGUAAUUAUACAUUUUUACCUUGUUUGCUAGCUCAGCUGGUUAGCUAGCGCUGUCUCAUUGACCAGCAAUUGUUAGGUUAGUGUUGGGAUUUUAAGAAAUAAUGAGGUUUAGCCAUAAUUAUGACUUUGGCUGUGGUAACUAGUGAUGACCAUUUAAUAAGUUAUUAUCUCAAUGAAUGUUGGAAUUGAGCAUCCCUGGAAAAUGUCUGAGGUUGCAACAGUAACCAAGGGGGGUUAGUGAAGGGUCAAUUGAAGGUCAGAUGUAUAACUUAUGUUCUUAGGAUAUUUUAUGAAUAAAGCUGGUCAAAUCGACUGCAGUUAUGAAACA